AUGGCGUCCCUCCAGCUGCGCGCCCAGCGGACGGCUCUUCGGAGCUUGCGGGCCUCGAGCGCCAGAUGCCCUCGACUCCCCGCCCUCGUCUCCGUUGCCGCCGCUGCGCGCUCCUACGCCACAGAGAUCGAGCCCGAGAAGCCCAAGGCUCCGCGCCAGGGCAACGAGGCCAAGCUCGGCCGGUCGUUCCAGGGCCAGGUCAUGGGCAGCAUCGGAUCUCGGUUGCGGCGUGAGCGCGAGCAGCGCGAGCAGUACGAGGAGUGGCGCAACAUGACGGAUCCCUCAAGGAACUGGAUGAUGACGUUUGUCUUCCUCUCCGGUGUUGGAAUCUCAUACUGGCUGGGCACAUAUUGGCCCACCGAGGCCGAACCCGUCUCGACCCUACCGCUCUCCAAGACUAUAGCCCCGAAGCACAAUACCAAGCUCGAGAACAUGCAGGCCGCCUGGGCCGACUUCGUCAAGAUUGUCGGCAAGGACAACGUCAGCACCACCGAGACUGAUAUCGACCAUCAUGCUACCUCUAACUGGUCCUCACACAACGCCCACGCCGACGACCGCUCCUUCUGCGUUGUCUACCCCAACUCCACCGAGGAGGUCUCAGAGAUUAUGAAGGUCUGCCACCGGCGCCGCAUUCCCGUCGUUGGCUACAGUGGCGGCACCAGUCUGGAGGGCCACUUCACCCCGACCCGCCAGGGCAUCUCCGUCGACUUUGGCCGCAUGAACAAGAUCAUCAACCUGCACAAGGAGGACCUCGACGUUGUUGUGCAGCCGGCCAUGGGCUGGGAGGCUCUUAACGACCACCUUGGCAAGGAAGGUCUCUUCUUCCCCCCGGAUCCUGGCCCCGGUGCCAUGAUUGGCGGCAUGAUUGGUACAGGCUGCAGCGGCACCAACGCCUACCGCUACGGUACCAUGCGUGAAUGGGUGCUCAGCUUGACCGUCGUCAUGGCUGACGGCACUGUCAUCAAGACCCGGCAACGGCCCCGCAAGAGCUCCGCAGGCUACGAUCUCACCAAGCUCUUCAUCGGCUCCGAGGGUACCCUGGGUCUUGUCACCGAGGCCACUCUCAAGGUCACCGUGAAGCCUGAAUCCACCAGUGUUGCCGUCGCCACCUUCCCUACGAUCCGCCAUGCUGCUACUUGCGUGAGCAAGGUCGUCGGAAAGGGCGUCCCCGUGGCUGCUGUCGAGAUCCUCGACGACAACCAGAUGAAAUGCAUCAACGAAGCCGGCAUGACUUCACGCGCCUGGGCGGAGGCCCCCACCAUCUUCUUCAAGUUCGCCGGUACCCCUGCUGGCGUCAAGGAGCAAGUCUCCCAAGUCCAGAGUUUCGCCAAACAGGCCGGCAGCCAAUCCUUCGAUUUCGCCAAGACUCACGAGGAGCAGGACGAGCUGUGGAGUGCUCGCAAGGAGGCCUUGUGGAGCACCAUGGCCGUCAAGAAGCCCGGUGACCGUGUUUGGACUGGAGAUGUCGCCGUGCCCAUGAGCAAGCUGCCCCAGUUGAUCGAGGAGACCAAGGAGGACAUGGCCAAGAGUGGACUGUUUGCGUCCAUUGUUGGCCACGUCGGUGAUGGCAAUUUCCACACUAUUUUGCUCUACAACGACGCCCAGCGUCACAAGGCCGAGACUGUCGUGCACCGCAUGGUUAAGAAGGCCGUUGAGAUGGAGGGUACUGUGACUGGUGAACACGGUGUUGGUCUGGUGAAGCGAGACUACCUUCCCCACGAGCUCGGCGAGACCACCGUCGACGCAAUGCGCCAGAUCAAGAAGGCCUUCGACCCGCUGUGCCUGCUCAACUGCGACAAGGUGGUGCGCAUGCAGAAGCCCAAGAAGGGCGAGGUUGAAGAGUGGUAG